GUAAAUUUAAUUCGGAAUUUACCUACUGAUAUAAUAAAUAUUCAUCACAAAUUAAUCAUUAAAAUGGAGCAGUGGCUGAGUGAGUCGCUUUCCAGGAUCUUGGCAUUUGAAGUCCCAGAGGAUCUUAUAAACUACAUCUUAGACAUAAAGAAUGAAGGUGAUUUAAAUGAGUACAUGAAAACAUUACUAGAUUUUGAUAAUCCUCAGCAUAAAAACUUUUAUUUAGAGUUAUCAAAAAGAAAGUUUUCAAAUAAAGGCAGUUCCCUUCCAAAACAACAAAAAAAGAAGAUAUCCAAGAGCAAGGGUCAAUCGGAGGUGGUGACGAGUGUGGAGGAGCCCCCGGGGAUCAGUCCGGAGAAGGAAACUGCUGGUGCGGGGAAGAAGAAGACCAAGUAUGUCAACCUGUACUCUCAGGAGGGGAAAAAUGCACAAGUUGUGUUGUUAAAAGGGCGCCACCACUGCGAGUGCCAGGCGUCCAAGCACGAGCUGGUGAACAACUGUGUGCAGUGCGGCCGCAUCGUCUGCAAGCAGGAGGGCUCCGGGCCUUGCCUAUUCUGCGGGAACCUGGUGUGCACUCCAGCAGAGCAGCGUGAGUUAAACCAGAAGACGAAAGCGAGCGCGGCGCUGGCGGAGCAGCUGCGGGAGAAGGGGCGCCCGCGCGGCUGGGAGGCCGCCGUCACGCACCGGAACAGACUGCUGGAGUUCGACCGCACCAGCGAGCGUCGCACGCACGUCACGGACGACGACAGCGACUACUUCAGCUCCAACUCGGUGUGGCUGAGUGCGAGCGAGAGGGAGAGGCUCGGCCGCUACCAGCAGAGUCUGCACGACAAGAAGCACGCGGGCCGGCUGAGCAAGAAGAUCAACUUUGAUUUUGCCGGUCGGCAGAUAGUAGAAGACACGACCAUAGAGCACGAGGUGGAUGAGGAGAAGAUCCGCGAGAUGACGAGCGCGAGGGCGUCCCACGCCGGCUUCGACACGGCGUGGUUCGGCGGCGGCGCGGCGGAUAGGGACGUGGCGCCUGGGGUCAACUCGGAACUGUUGCAGUUCGACCCAUCAGUCCAGACCUACUCCUCAAUCACCACCCGGCCCGGCUCCAGCCCGGGCGCGCUGCGGGUUCAAGACCCCGAGUUGCAGGAGAUGUGCGACGACGGCCGCUGCCUGUCCAUGCACCAGCCCUGGGCCUCGCUGCUGGUCGAGGGGAUUAAGAUGCACGAGGGCCGCACUUGGUACACGAGCCACCGCGGCCGGCUGUGGAUCGCCUCCACCGUGAAGCCACCCGACCAGGAGGUGGUCAGGGCACUGGAGAACCAAUACCGGGCCUUGUAUCCAGACAAGCAGAUAGAGUUCCCCAAGUUCUACCCGACGGGGUGCCUGCUCGGGUGCGUCAACGUUGACGACUGCCUGCCCGAGGAAGAGUACCAGAAGAAGUACCCUAACGGCGAGAGCGACAGUCCCUUCGUGUUCAUCUGCAGUCACCCCGUCAGCCUGAAGCUGCGGUUCCCCGUCAAGGGACAACAUAAGAUUUAUCAACUAGAUAAAACUAUACACCAAGCUGCCGUGAAGUGCAUUCAGAAAAUGUCCAAGAUUCAAGCAGAUGCUUCUGGGUAAAAAUAUUAUAAUAUAU